GCCCCCAGAAAAUGUUUAUUCUGUUACUCGGGAAAAAAACAGACGACCAGAGGAAGAUUUCUCUUUCCUGAUUCUAGGGUUUCCUUCCCCUUUCGUCUUCUUCGUCUUCCGCUCCAUCAAUCGGCUCCGACACCCGCAGGCACCGAGGCAGCUUCGUCGCCCCCGCGGCCGAAGAGGACGGGUCAAGGUUGCAAAUUUUGCCCAAUCCCGCGCAGAUUCCGCGCCCCUCGCCGGCGUCGCGUCGUGUCGGAGGAGGAAAAUGGCACGUCCGAGCAGGGCGGCCCGGAAAUGGGGAGCGUGCUGAUCGCCCGAGAGGGAUCGGGCGCGGCGGCGAGAGCUGGAUUUGGGUUCCCUCGCAGGAGAAUUGUGGAUGCAUGAGGCUGCUCCGAGGAUAUAAUGAGGGGUGUCUCGUGGCCCGAAGACGGCAAUAAUCCUUCGACCUCGAGUUCUUCGCAGCGCAAUCAGCAGCAGGCGCAUGCGCCCCGAGCUGUUUCUGGGCACGCUGCAAGUCAUCCAAGUGCUAGCAAUAUCUUUAAACUCCUAGUGCAAAGAGAGGUCUCUCCACGGUCAAAACAUUCAUCAAAGAAAUUGUGGAGAGAAGCUUCAAAGUGCCAGCCCUAUCCAUUCCAGCAAAGUUGUGAAGCAGUGAGAGAUGUGAGACAGGGUCUCAUAUCAUGGGUGGAGUCAGCGUCACUGCGGCAUUUGUCUGCCAAAUAUUGUCCACUUGUGCCUCCUCCAAGAUCAACAAUUGCAGCUGCCUUUAGUCCUGAUGGAAAAAUACUUGCUUCUACACAUGGAGAUCAUACGGUGAAACUCAUUGAUUCUCAGACAGGAAGUUGCUUGAAGGUGUUAAGGGGUCAUCGGAGGACACCAUGGGUGGUGAGAUUCCAUCCGCUGUAUCCGGAGAUCCUUGCAAGUGGCAGUCUGGAUCAUGAAGUUCGCCUGUGGGAUGCAAAUACCGCAGAGUGCAUAGGAUCACGCAAUUUUUACCGUCCUAUUGCAUCAAUUGCAUUCCAUGCUCGAGGAGAGCUUCUUGCUGUUGCAUCUGGUCACAAGUUGUACAUAUGGCACUACAAUAGGAGAGGAGAGACAUCAUCCCCAACUAUCGUUCUGAGGACACAGCGAUCUCUUAGAGCCGUGCAUUUCCACCCACAUGCAGCUCCAUUUCUUUUAACAGCUGAGGUCAAUGACCUUGACUCAGCAGAUUCAGCUAUGACUCUUGCAACUUCUCCUGGUUAUUUGCACUACCCUCCUCCUACUGUAUAUUUUGCAGAUGCUCAUUCUCAUGAAAGAUCUAGGUUGGCGGAUGAACUGCCUCUCAUGCCUUUGCCAUUAUUGAUGUGGCCUUCCUUUACUAGAGACGAUGGAAGAGUACCCUUGCAGCGCAUAGAUGGGGAUGUUGGUCUUAAUGGACAGCAAAGGGUAGAUUCAUCUUCUUCAGUGCGCCUUUGGACAUAUUCAACCCCAUCAGGGCAGUAUGAGCUCCUUCUGUCUCCAGUUGAAAGUGGCAACUCUCCUUCCAUGCCUGAGGAAACGGGAAAUAAUGCUUUCUCAAGUGCAGUGGAAGCUGAAGUAAGUCAAUCUGCAAUGGAUACUGUGGAGGAUAUGGAAGUGCAACCUGAAGAGAGAAAUACUCAAUUUUUCUCUUUUAGCGACCCCAGAUUUUGGGAGCUGCCUUUAUUGCAUGGAUGGUUGGUUGGUCAGACCCAAGCUGGUCCACGAAGUGUACGUCAAUCAAGUCCUGGAGAUAUUGAAACUCAAUCUGCUUUUGGUGAGGUUGCAAGUGUUUCACCAAUCACAUCUGGAGUGAUGCCAGUUAGCAUGGACCCGUCACGGUUUGGUGGAAGAUCUGGUUCUAGAUAUCGCUCUCCUGGGUCUCGGGGGGUGCACGUGACUGGACCUAAUAAUGAUGGACCACGAGAUGAAAACGAUCCUCAAUCUGUUGUUAGUAAACUCAGGUCUGAACUUGCAGCCUCGCUGGCUGCAGCAGCAUCUACGGAGUUACCCUGCACUGUGAAGCUUAGAAUAUGGCCACACGACGUAAAAGAUCCUUGUGCACAGCUUGAUUUAGAAAGUUGCCGCUUAACUAUUCCACAUGCUGUUCUAUGCAGUGAAAUGGGAGCCCAUUUUUCUCCAUGUGGGAGAUUUUUAGCUGCCUGUGUGGCAUGUGUGCUGCCUCAUUUGGAAUCUGAUCCCGGAUUACAUGGUCAAGUCAAUCAGGAUGUCACAGGAGUGGCAACCUCACCUACAAGACACCCAAUUUCUGCUCAUCAAAUCAUGUAUGAGCUAAGGAUAUAUUCCUUAGAGGAGGCAACAUUUGGAAUUGUGCUUGCUUCACGACCAGUAAGAGCCGCUCAUUGUUUAACCUCCAUUCAGUUCUCUCCGACAUCUGAACACUUGUUACUUGCCUACGGCCGUCGCCAUAGUUCACUUCUUAAGAGUAUUGUCAUUGAUGGAGAGAAUACGGUGCCUAUUUACACCAUUUUGGAGGUAUACAGAGUUUCUGACAUGGAACUUGUGAGAGUUCUUCCAAGUGCAGAGGAUGAAGUCAAUGUUGCAUGCUUUCACCCUUCAGUUGGAGGUGGCCUCAUUUAUGGAACGAAGGAAGGCAAGUUGAGGAUUCUCCACUAUGACAGCUCUCAUGGCUUGAAUCUAAAGUCAUCUGGUUUUCUUGAUGAAAAUGUGCCAGAGGUGCAGACUUAUGCUUUGGAAUGUUAGUAGCCAGCAACUGCAACAUGUUUGUGAUACUUACUGGUCAACCUCAAAGAUCUUGGGUCGAGGGCAGCUGUACCUAUAUCUUCACAACUGUAGACCCAUCUGCGGCCAGGCUCGUGGUUCCUCAAUCAAUUACUAGUUAAACGCAAUUCUGUACCAACUACCAUUCUUUGCUGUUUGUGGGGAUUUAUGUUAUCAACUGCAAGAGCAUUAGGAAGUUCAUCUAACUUGAGAUAGAUGGGUUAGUGCGAGUUGGAAAUGUCGGGAUUCGUGUUGUAUAUUUGUUUGUCCGCUUUGAUAUUUACGGACUUUUGUAAAAAAAAAAAAGAAAAGGAGAAAAUUGAUGGAUGGAAGUUUUAACAUUGGGAGAUUUGCCGGGUUCUGUUGUUUCUCACCUUUGUAAGGAUGCUGUUUAUAAAUCAAAUGAAAAGUAUUUUUCUCUCAUA